GCUGUCACUCUUUCACAACUGACAGACGGUGGCCACUACUUCAUUUAUCAACAAAAUAUAAUUUAUAGCAUAUUUUUCGCAAUUUCCUACACAAAAAGACGAAGAACAAAUAAAAUAAAAUGACAGAAUCAAAUGUUGAAACUGAAAUCGCCGAAAUAAAUUUUGAAAAUGAAAUUUCCGAUGGAAAAAACAAAAAUUGUGUUCGCUGUCAAUUUUGUAAUUCACUAAUUCUCUCAAAGAAACAAGGAACCUAUUUACAACCAAAUGAAGUGUUUAAUCUUCCUCUUAUCCAUGCUAAGAACACCGUCGACCCAUCUGAAGUUGAGACUGAACCGAUAAAAGAUUUCUGGACAGUUGGUGAUGUUUUCCAAUUCGAGAAUAUUAGCGUUUCGAAGCCUGUAAACAAUUUAAAGUAUUUAACUUGUGCCGAUUGUGAAAAGGGCCCAGUAGGAUAUCAAGAUUUAGGUACACAUAAAAUGUGUUAUGUUGCGCUUAGUCGAGUGAAAUAUGACAAAUAGAUAGAUAUGUAUAUAUUUUUGUAUAAUAUAUAUAAAUCAGGAAUAGGCUUUGUUUUUAAAUCUAUUUUUUAAUCUUCCUUUUUUGUAUUGUGUAAAUUUGUAUUUAAUGCCAAUAAAGUAAGUUUAAACAAGAA